UUUUCAUUUGUCAGUGCUUACAUGUACACAAAGAAAAACACAGACCCUCCUUCGAGUUUUGUCAGGAAUGUUCAUGUGUGUUGCAUUGAUAACGCGGGUGUGUGUUCACUGUGUGCGACGUGAGAGUCGAUAGGGAGUAAACCAACCCACGGAAUGGAACCACGGUGAUGACAGGAGAUUAUCAUGGCAGACCCAGAGUUGUCAAUGCAGAGUGGAGGCUAUGAUGUGGAGCUGUUUGUGGAUGCUCCAGAUUAUGAUCUGAUUUGCACCAUAUGCCAAGGGGUCCUCAGGUGUCCAGUUAGAGCUGCCUGCCACCACAUCUUUUGCAAGAAAUGCAUUUUACAGUGGCUCAAAAGGCAGGAGACCUGUCCUUGCUGCAGAAAGUCUGUUAACACAAGCUUGAUCUUUGUCAUGUUUAAAUUAAGCAAAUCUAUUGGACGCAUGAAAAUCAAGUGUAAGAAUGAGAUCCGUGGUUGUGCUGAGACCUUUUCCCUCUCAGAGCAGUACUGCCACAGUAUGAGCUGUCUGUAUGAGCUCAUCCCCUGUCCAUACCAAGGCUGUCGAGCACAGCUCCUCCGCAGGGAUCUGGACACCCAUGCACGCAACUGUGAACACUGGCGCCAGCCGUGCCACAUGGGCUGUGGGACAAUACUCUCCCACCGCACCCAGGCUCAACACAACUGCUACAAACAGCUGAGGCAGGAGUACGAAGCCAGACAGAGGAACCAUAGGGCCAUCGCCGCGGCCCUGCAGAGGAAGAUGAGGAGGAUGCAGAGCAGCAUGGCAUACAUAAAAAGGCAGAUAGGGUUGAUCUGUGAGAGCUUAGAAGUGAUGGAUGAUCUGCAUGAGGUGGAGGAGGAGGACCUCGGAGAGGGCAGCAGCAACAGCUUAAACGGUAACAACAACAGCAGCAACUGAGGGAUGAGUCAUGUUUUGCUACUCUUUGGCUGAGUAUGUGUUACCUUUUUUACUAUGUGUGUUUUUUGGAUUAUUAGGUAGAUAUGCAAUUGAAAUGAGUGUAUUUGUUACUGAAGUUACUGCUGUAGUUUAAUAUAUUUUGUAAAUAAAGUAUUUUACUUUACAGUGUGAUCAAACCUAUUCUUUCUUUUCAUUUAUAAAUAGUUUGAUAGCAAAACAAAAGGUAGUCACUAAAGGAAAGCAAGCUAUGAAAUAGUGAGAUAUAUGUAUAUAUA